AAAUGAAGGGAGAUUACCAUAGAUACUUGGCUGAGUUCAAGACUGGCGAUGACAGGAAAGUCUCUGCCGAAAAUACCCUCACCGCGUAUAAAUCUGCUCAGGACAUUGCUAAUACUGAAUUAGCACCAACUCAUCCUAUACGUCUAGGAUUGGCUCUGAACUUUUCUGUCUUCUACUAUGAGAUCUUGAAUUCUCCCGAUCGUGCUUGCAGUCUUGCCAAACAGGCUUUUGAUGAAGCCAUUGCUGAGCUGGAUACUCUUGGAGAGGAUUCAUACAAGGACAGCACAUUGAUAAUGCAACUUCUUCGUGAUAACCUCACUUUGUGGACCUCGGAUAUGCAGGAUGACGGGACUGAUGAGAUCAAAGAAGCUUCCAAACACGAGGACGAGAAACAACCCUGAAGUCCCCAAUCUUUGUGGUAGUAAUUUGCUUCUCUACUUGUUUGGUACCGAGAAGUUGGUUCGUCCCACUUUCUCUUCCGUUGCUUGUUUUUAGUUGAUCAUGCCUGGAACUACCAUGAACCAUCAUUUUCUUAGCAUUUCGCUGUAUUGAAUUCUAGGUUGAAGCUUUCUAAUUGCUGUGAAGCUAUGUGCACUCUCUUGCUUUAUUGUUUGCUCGACAAUAAGGUAGUUGACAAUUGAGAUGUUUCCUAAGCUUAAUUUUUUUAAGAUGGUUUCUUGGA